UUUCUGAUAGGCUGACUGCUUUUGAGUACGAACUUCUAGCUAAUCAGAGCAAUCAGGAGGCGGGAUUUGUUAGAAUACGGGUGUCGAACUGGAGGAUAACGUACGCUUCAGCGUAACGACCAUUCUCCAGGUCUGUGUUGGAAAAAGUUAUUAUUUACAACUCAGUUAGAGUUUAUAGUUCAUAAGAGUCCGGAAAAGUGCAUGCUAGUGAAGGAAUUAACGCAGAAAAUGGGGAGUUUGGUUCAGGAGGUGAAGCGUUGGGCGACAGAAGAGCUGGAUUUGCCUCCUCACAACCUCCCACACGACAGCUACAUUAAAACGUUGUGUGUUGGCACAGGAGCCUCAAUUUGGAAAUAUGUCAUACAGCAUGUUUACAGUGAGAGGAAGGUGCGACUCAUGAGAAGGAAUCUUCAGUGGUACAAAAUUCUACAGGAUAAAGAGCUGAAGCAGGUGGAGGGACAAAAUAAAGACGCUCGGCGUGUGGAGCUGCAGAAGGAGAUCUCCGAGCUGCAGACUGAACUCCGUCACAUCGACCAGAAAAUCAGCACGGCCGAGGAGCAGCUCGCUAACGAAGAGCAGAGUGUGAACAGACACUGUGCUCAGUACGAGGAGAGCCGACUGAGGGAGCUGAUGCUGGAAUCGUUCAGGCUGCGCUGCGCCGAGGAACGAGACGCCCUCACGCACGACACGCAGACCAUCAGCAGCCAGAGGCAGGCUUUAGAGCAGCUCUCCAGGAAAGCCGAGGUGACCGUAGCGUUCGGAGGAUCCGACGGCAGAGACGGCGACGGUGACGGCGGCACGGCUGCAGAGCCUCUGGUUUUGAGGCACGUCCGAGAUCUGUGCAGGGAGCGAGUCCUCUUCUUCCAGUCUCUGCAGGACAACAUGCUGAAGUCCACGUCUUCAGACUUUACUGCUGAUCAGAGGAGUGCAGUUUAUCAGCACUGGCUUAGUUCUGUGGAGGACGUGCUGCGAUCUCACCCGCCGAAUCAGCUCCUUUUAGCUCUGCAGGCUUUGGCCUCCAAACAGCAGGUGGCGCUGGAGGAGAAAACCGCAGCUUUGGAUGUGGAACGUGACGUUUCUGCUCUCGGGUUUCGAUAUGAGCGCGAUCACCUGCUCGACGUGUCCGUGGAGGAAGACGAGGACUUGCCGCCGGUGCGCAGUCUGUUACAGUCUACGUGGGAGGAGGAGGAACAGCGUUACAUGCGCUUGGCAGAGGUUCGGAGUAGAGCUCGGAGACUGCGCGCUGAUCUCGGCGCUCUCACGAAGGAGGUCCAGCUAAGAAUUCUGGGACAGGACGAUCUCCUUAACCCCACGGCCCGGAAUGUGUUUGAGUUGGAGGUGCAGGCGGUGAGACGGGCUGCGGUGAGAGACAGCGUGCGAGAGCAGUGUGCACAGCUCCAGCUGGAGAACCGAGAGAGACGUGAGGCUCUGCGCAACCUCCACGCGCAGUGGCAAAGCAUCAUGGACUUCAGGCAGCUCGUGGAUAUUAGACAGGAACAGAUACGGAGUCUGAUCAAAGGAAACUCCACGCUAAAGACCGAACUCGCACGUGUUCACUCGGAGUUGAGGGAGUUUGUGCGGGAGAAGCUCGGUCCACAGUUCGGGGGUGUGAUCCGGUCUGCCAACCAACUCCGUAACUCCGUGUCCCAGGAGGCCAAGCUGUUUAACUCGGUGUCUCUCGCUGCCCUGGACCGCAGGAUCGCAGACGGUGAGAGAAUACCGGUGGAUCAGCUCUCCGUGUAUCGCGUGAACUCUCCGGCUCUGCAGGCCGUCCGUCAGGACCUCUGCGCACCACUCUACAUGGCGCCGGAGUCGUUGUUCUCUCAGGCCGUGUCUCAGAGGCUGCAGUUGCGUUUCCUCCGUCGCCUCCUGCAGCUGCGCACCGACUCUCUAACGGACCUGAAGAACCAGACAGCACAGCUGCCUGCUCCUAAUCAGCAGGCUCUGCUUCAGCGUGUGAAAGCGGAGGACGCAGACCUGCUGCAGUCUCUGUUGCCCCGUGUACAGGAGCUCACACAGAGGUGCUCUAAAGGCAUGGCCUACGCCAGUCAGGUCAACACCUCCAUCACACACUGGUGGGAGCAGCCGGCUCAGUUCGCUCUGCCAGACAUGCAGCAGGACGGCCUGACCUUUCAGCAGUGGCUGCAGAGAUGGAAACUGGCUACAAAGGAACUUUAAUCGCACGUGGAUUUGUCGUCCGCGUCACUACGAACUGUAUUUCUAAACGCCGGUCCGUUCACGUUUAGGAGCAGUUUGUCGUUUUUAACGCAACGGAAAGCGAUCUUUUAGGCUGCACAGAAGACGUCGUUGUCCUUCCUCCCUUUCUGCGCCUUCGAUUUCCUUUUCAGGAAAAAAAGAAAAGGAGGCCGGGCUGAGCAGCUCUGUUCCAGAUGGAGGAAGGAGGCGGGGCUAGAGACUGUAGCCUAUACUGAAGUAUAAACCACGUGAGUUGUCGGGGUGUUGUGCUGUAGGAAAAUAAGUCAAGCCGCACUGCUCUUUCAGGGUGUUUUUGUAUUGUUAAUCUUCCGCAGCUCCAUUUAUGCUUUUAGACAGACAUGUUCUUGCUGUACAGUCAUGAUUUAUUAGUUUUUAAAUACACAUUUUACAAUUCCCCCCCCCAAUAAACAACGAUGAUUAAUUCGCUACA